UACGUGGUUUCUACUCUGACAUGUAGUUUUAACUAUGAGGUAUUAUAUAGACAAGUGUGCCUCAUUUUAGAUCUUGUUCUAAUAAUGAACUCAGCAGAGGUGAACUCUUAAUGCUUGUUGAGGAUGAUUGAUCGGUGGAAACAGGAUACACCUGAUUUUCUGUGACAUGACCACGGCUCAUGCUGAGUUCUGAAGAUUGGAGCUGUUCCCUGUUCAACCCUUGUGUUGAGACACUAAAACUACAAACAGAUGAAGGCAGGCAGAUGAAGCAUGAUGGCAAAACAUGGGAGUCAGAUCAUCUCCUGCCUCUCCCCGCCCUCCUCUCAUCCCCAGGAAGGGCUGGGCCAAACGGUAGGUGGUGCAGAAGAGAAGCCUGGAAGUGGGAUUUCCAAAUCUUUGGCUUUCUGACUCUUCACUGGACAAGCAUGGAGAAGCAAUACAUCCCAAAUAUAAACUUAGGCGUUAUAGCAGUAGCAUCUCAAGGCUUUUCUCACUGAAUAAAGAUCCACGGAACAAAGCAGCACUCCAAUCAGAUGACUCAAAAGAGGAGAAAAAAAAACCCUUCUUAAUCUCCCGAUCCCACGUUCAACAACUGGAACAAUGCGCCUCGUCCGAGGCAAAAGUCAAAGUUGAUUUCGAGACAUGGAGGUCCUUCUGUUUUUCAUCACAAACUUACUGGCAGAUGAAACUUGAUGUCAAUAUGGGGUCAAAUAUCCCAUAAAUGUUUUACUAGCUUGACUUCUGUCAGCAUGUCAAUACAGCAUAGAUGACUUUCCCUUCAAAGAGAGAAAACUGGGAACUGGUUUGGUGUCAUGAUGUAGCUGCUGGAUGUGACUUACAUGUGGCUUUUGAUCUAAAACAGGUUGACCAAAAUCAGUAUGGAAGGGAGGUCAUCUGCUUUGAUUUGGAUAUAUAAUAACACUACGGAGGAAUUGAACACUUCAUUCAGAAACAGCACAACAAGUGAAAACUAUGAAAAAUACCAGUUUUACAUGAUUGGCCUCUUCUUAUCCUGCCUGUACACUAUCCUUCUCUUUCCAAUUGGAUUUAUUGGAAACAUCCUGAUUUUGGUGGUAAACCUGACCCACAGAGAGAAGAUGACCAUUCCUGAUCUCUACUUUGUGAAUUUGGCUGUGGCUGACCUCAUCCUGGUGGCAGAUUCCCUCAUUGAGGUUUUUAACCUAAAUGAAAAAUACUACGACUACGCCAUCCUCUGCACCUUCAUGUCCCUCUUCCUCCAGAUCAACAUGUACAGCAGUAUCUUCUUCCUAACUUGGAUGAGCUUUGACAGAUACAUCGCCUUGGCCAGCUCCAUGAGCAGCUGCCCAUUGAGAACUAUGCAGCAUGCCAAGGUGAGCUGUGGUCUCAUCUGGAUGGCCUCUAUCUUUGCCACCCUUCUACCUUUCACAAUAGUACAGACUCAACACAGGGGUGAGGUGCAUUUUUGCUUCGCCAAUGUCUUUGAGAUCCAGUGGCUGGAGGUGACCAUUGGCUUUUUGCUCCCCUUCUCCAUUAUCGGUCUAUGCUACUCCCUGAUUGUUCGAAUCCUCAUGAGAGCCCAGAAGCACCGUGGGUUGUGGCCCCGGCGGCAGAAAGCUCUGCGGAUGAUUGUGGUGGUGGUUCUGGUGUUCUUCAUCUGCUGGUUACCAGAAAAUGUCUUCAUUAGCAUCCAGCUGCUGCAGGGAACAGCCAACCCAUCGAAGAGGACUGCUACCACCCUGUGGCACAACUACCCGCUCACAGGUCACAUUGUUAACCUGGCGGCAUUCUCCAACAGUUGCCUCAACCCCAUUAUCUACAGCUUUCUCGGAGAAACCUUCAGGGACAAGUUGCGUCUCUUUGUCAAGCAGAAGGCCGGUUGGUCAGUAGUGAAUCGCUUUUGCCACCACAGCCUUGAUUUACACCUCUCUGUCAGGGACAAAGUUUCAGAAGUGUGAUUGAAAUAACUAGGACAGUUUUUAAAUAAACUUACUCUAUAAAAUUUUUCAUAUUCCAGUCAGAUAGUUAUUCUCUUUUAGAGUUACUCAGCUUCAUCCGGUUGCGCCUUAGAUAAUUUGCUUGCUUUAUGAACAAAAAAACCCCCUCUCAAGUAGGAAUAAAAAGACGAGUUUGUGUGUGUUCUUAAGAAGAUAAGCUAUGAGUGUGUUGAAGUGUUUCUUUUUGACUUAAAGUUGGUUUCCUUUCAAGAAUUGCUGUGGCAAAGAUAAAGGGAACUGAUUUCUAACAACAAAGAGGGAAGCUUUUGCUCAGGAUAAGUAAAAAUAAGGUGUUGUAUGUUGCUAUCCAACAUACAAACCUCCCUGAACAUUUCCUGUACCAUCACCUGUAAGAAAUCAGAGGCUCUUUCAAGGCCGUCUCAUAGAGGAAAUGUUCCAUCACACUGAAUCUAAUCAGGUUAUCUAUUUGAGCUACUGGAGCUGGAAGGGUCAUUUCAAUUACCAAAACCACAUUUCCCUUCCAGUAUAUAAAGUAAAAAUGGCCUUUAGCAAGAAGCUUACACAUGUGUACCAUGAAUCCGUGAAUUAUGAGUAUGCAGCCUUACAAACGCAGAACAGUCAAAGACACAGCAAAUAUAAUCUGUAUUGUCUAUGCGUCUGUCUUAUACAAUAUUCUAACUCUGUUUUGUUGAGCAGAAUAUCAUCAUAUAGUCAAACUUUGCCUAGAUUAUUCCAAAUAAACAUUCACAUCCCUGACUUGUUCCCACUUUUCGAGAAAUAUCUGCCUAAACACCUUAAAACAAUGUUUUGUAUGCUCUGUUGGUUAUCACCUUUAUUUUAUUACUAUUUAUAGAAAAUUUUAAUCACUGUCACGUUUUGAGAUGACGUAACCCUUGAUGACCUUAAUAAAUUUUGACCGCAUUG